AUGAAAAAGAAAGUCCCUGGCUUAGAACCUGCUACUGCUGAGCCUACUACCAGCACUCCCAAAAUCGAGAAUGAGUCCUCCCAACGUGUACUUUGGCUCAGCAAUCCACACUGGACUGACCAUCUAGUUACAUUUCUCACCAACAUCCACUUGAAACUUUUUGGGGAUUCUACCAAAGUGACUGCAUCUGAAGAUAGGCCAAAGGUAUCUGGUUAUUGCUCUAAAAAGUUUUACCAUGAGCAGAUUGCCGUUGCAAUCUGGGAUGUGGAAAAUGAACUAGAACACCCCUUUUUCCUGGCUCACAAGAACAAGUAUGCACAAGCAGUCAAUUCACGCAUUGACCAUCUUCAUAAGGAGUAUAAAAAGCAUGCAAAAACUCUCAGUCAAACAGGCAUUGGUCUUGACAAAAAUGAAAUAACUGUUGGCUCAGAAAUUACUAACCAAAUUGAUGCCAUUUUGGAGGAUUUUCCCUGGUGGCAUGAUCUAAAUGCAAUCUGGCGUGAAUUACCGAAGUAUAAUGUGCUGACUACAAGCAACUCUACAGUGGAUGGUCAAGAACUUGUGGCCAAUUUGGAUGGUGUACUUAGUUCCUUGUCGGAAAAAGGUGAAGCAGUAGCAGAAGGCAAUUCUGAGGAUAAUGCUCAGCUUCUGGUGUAUUUUGACAAUCAUCAUAUUGUCAGGGAUCGGCCCCUGACCCCGCUGUCAGGGCACCCAACCACACCCCAGAACCACCUUCCCAGACUUCCCCCACUUCCCAGACUUCCCCCACUUCCCAGACCUCCCCAUCCCUACAUACCUCUCACAACUUCAGCCCGCAUGUGA